AUGACUUCUCUCUCGGUCUUUCCAUCACUCCCAUCGCUUCAAAACCCUAACCUCACUCAUCCCCACCUCUCCAAUUUCAUCUACUUCCCUUUCAAUUCCACGCUUUCUUUCGCUCCACUCUCUCGCCGUAAAUUCCUCUGCAAAGCGUUCAGGGAUUCCGGCGAGGACAUCAAAGCGGUCCUCAAGUCAGACGACGGAGGCGCUGGCGGAGACGGCGGUGGAGACGGUGGAGGUGACCGGGACGCGGAGAAAAAAGAAGGGCCUUUGCCGGAGUGGUUGAAUUUCACUUCUGAUGACGCCAAAACAGUGCUUGCGGCUAUCGCAAUUUCGCUUGCGUUUCGCACCUUCGUAGCGGAGCCUAGGUACAUUCCUUCGCUGUCCAUGUAUCCUACAUUUGAUGUUGGAGAUCGAAUUGUUGCUGAAAAGGUUUCUUACUAUUUUAGAAAACCCUGUGCAAGUGACAUAGUGAUAUUUAAAAGCCCUCCAGUGCUUCAAGAAGUUGGAUAUAGUGAUGACGAUGUUUUUAUAAAGCGUGUGGUUGCUAAGGAAGGUGAUACUGUGGAGGUCCGUAAAGGGCAUCUUAUAGUUAACGGGGUUGAGAGGAAUGAAGACUACAUUCUUGAACCUCCUGUAUACGAGAUGAAACCCACACGUGUGCCAGAAGACUACGUGUUUGUGAUGGGAGACAACCGCAACAACAGCUAUGAUUCUCAUGUUUGGGGUCCCCUGCCAUCGAAGAACAUCAUAGGUAGAUCAGUAUUUCGGUAUUGGCCACCAAAUAGAAUUGCUGGAACAGUUUCUAAGGAUAGUUGCAGUGUUGAAACCUCCCAGGAGAGUGCAGAGACUGCUCUACCUUCUCAAUGA